AUGAAUAAAAAGCCGAGAACUGGUCCCAGAAUUCGUAUAACACGGCCAGCGCUUCGCACGAGGAAACUAGAAGAGGCACCCGAAGAGAAAGUAGACGAACGUAAUUUAAUAUACACCUGUCAGUACUGCAGGAUAAAAUUUACGCAAAACAGUCAUUUUUUCCGCCACAUGACGUCCAAUCACCAAGCGCAACAGAAAGAGGCGACUUUCGAAUGUAAUGAAUGUCAAGUUAUAUUUACUAAAAAGAACAGUUUAGAUGUUCAUUGUCGAACACGCCACCAGGUGAAAAGCAAAUCGAAAUGUGAGUCUUGUGCUAUAACUUUCAAAUCCCGCUAUUGUUUACGCAGGCAUUUAAAACUGAAGCAAAUAAUGGCCGAGAAUUCUUGCCUGAAGUGUCAGAAAAAGUUUACAAAUAAGGACCUUCUCGCUAAGCAUGUGAAAAGUAAGCAUACAUUCAAGAAUUUGACUUUCCAGUGUGAGCACUGCUCUCUAAAGUUUAAAGCAAAAAAAUCCUUACAGACUCAUUUAAAUCGUAUCCAUAAGAGGUUAUGA